AAACACCAGACUAAACAUACAAUCCGGUUUUUUAGUAGUACUACCAACCACGACACCAACCAAGCAAUAAUAAGAGCUAUCUAUGUAGAUGUGCAUUUACAUAUGUAGAAGUUAGUUCCAGCAGCAGGCUGUCAACCCUUUCUAUCUUUUCGCCGGAUUAAACCAUUCUCAAGAUAAAAGCUAAAAAUCUUUUCGAAGAAAUUUCUAAAAAAUUAGAAAUCGUAAUCAUGUCCUCGCUCUACCGAACGUUCGGAGGGACGCUAAGAUCGCUGAAUAGUUUAACACAAGCAGGAGGAAAAAGAGUUCGGUGUUUCUCAACCCCGGCUGCUGCGGCAUCGUCUUCAUCUGGGGUGCAGGAUGACCCUUCUCUUUGGGUGAGGUCAGUCCUCCCCGAUGUCGGUCUAAUCAAAGGGGUCAACACGGCAGAGUACACUUUCGAAAAUAUUUCCAAGUGGGAAAACGUGACUGCAUUCGAAUGCGGCGUCAGUGGACGGAGCUACACGUAUCUCCAACUUUACAAGUUCUCCCGAAAUUUCGGAGCAGCUCUUCUACAAUCCGGGCUCAAAAAGGGGGACGUAUUAGCCAUGAUUAUUCCCAACAUGCCGGAGUUUCCAAUCGCUCUCCAUGGAACGUGGUGGGCUGGACUGGUUCCAACAUUUGUUAAUCCGACUUACACAGCAACCGAAAUUUCCAAUCAGUUAAAAGACUGCAAGACGAAAUGCGUCGUCACAUUUCCCCUCUUUGUCCCCUUGGCGCAACAAGUCAUCGCCAUCACGCCGGAGUUGGCCGACUGCAAAGUGAUCGUUAUCGGGGGCGAUGAGGCGAUUGAUGGGUGUCACUCUUUCGGAGAAAUGAUAAAAACCGACAGCUCCGGAGUCAACUUGGCGAAAGGGUCGGACUCAAAUGUAGAUCUGGAGAGGGACACGGCUGCCUUGUUGUACUCGUCGGGAACAACGGGGCUCCCGAAAGGCUGUAUGCUCACUCAUCACUCCCUCGUAAACAAUGUCCACCAGUUUUUACCACUAAUUAAAAUCGAUCAAUACACGGAUGGGAGCGAGCAAGGGAAAGCGCUCGGACUUUUACCAUUCUUUCACAUCAUGGGACUUCAAGCCUUGAACCUCAUCACGCCACGAUUUGGGGCGAAAGUCGUCACUUUGCCACUGUUCGACCCCGACAUGUUUAUCGAAACUUUGAAAACACAUCAGUUCACCUCCAUCCAUCUCGUCACACCUUUGAUUUCCUUCGUCAUCAACCACCCCGACCUGGGGAGAGAAGUGUUUAAAAAUACCAACAACAUUUACAGCGGAGCAACUCCUUCCGGAGAGGCCAUGAUUCAACGCCUCCUAGAAAAGAUCGGGCACGACGUCAAUUUCCAAGAAGGUUAUGGAAUGACAGAGUUAAGUCCCGUUUCACAUUCCGUCCUCCCAACCGCCAAGAACACCAAGGUGGGUUCAGUAGGCCCUCCGUUGCCUUCCACCAUCGUGAAAGUGGUGGAUGUCGAAUCCGGCAGAACUCUCGGACCGAAGGAGAAGGGAGAAAUCUGUGUGAAAGGACCUCAACUCAUGAGUGGAUACCUCAAUAAUCCCGAAGCCACGAGAAAUACGAUAGACUCGGAUGGUUGGUUGCAUACAGGAGAUAUCGGGUAUUACGGCGAGGACAAGUACUUUUAUGUCGUGGACAGGCUCAAAGAACUGAUCAAAGUGAAGGGAUUGCAGGUGGCUCCGUCCGAAUUAGAGCAAACGCUGAGAGAACAUCCCAAAGUGUUGGACGCUGCAGUGAUCGGUAUUCCGCACGCCGAGUGGGGCGAGCAACCGAGAGCUUUCGUGGUGAAAAAGGACGACUCAUUGACGGAGGAGGAGGUUACGACUUUUGUAAAGGAUCGAUUAUCCAGACACAAACACCUCGCAGGUGGGGUCGAAUUUAUCGACGCUGUUCCAAAAGCUCCAUCGGGAAAGAUUCUGAGACGUAAUUUGAAAGAGGAGUAUCUCGACAAUGACAAGUAGCAGCUUUUUUUAAAAAAAAAUUAUUCGUGCAUGUGCACGAUUUGUUACGUGUAAAUCAAAAUAUGAUACUAUUAGUGACGAUGUAAACGAAUUUGGUUGGAUGGUAGCAAAAAAUAUUGUUAGCUUUGAAUUGGCCAAAUUUACAUACAAAAUUAUAAAUGAAUGUGCUCCAACAUUUUUUAUAAAUUACCUAAACCUUGAAGGUCUUAACUUUAAUACUAGAAAUAAUACUUAUUGCAAGCCUUUGUCAUGUCCAAAAACAACAAUUGGAAAGAAAUCUUUUCGAUAUCGUGCUAUGCAAGCUUGGCUUAAUUUACCAGAGAAAGUGCGUACUUCAGCGAAACAUGUUAGCUUUGAUGUAUUUAAACUACAAACAAAACGUAUACUUAUUGAGAAACAAUUAUGUGAAAGAAUGAUUGAAAUUUUUGAUUUGAUUGACGAUUAUGAAUUUGAAAGUAUACUAUUAUAAAUAUUUAAAUACUUAUUUUAUACUUUGUAAUGCGAAUGUAUCCUUGAGGUGUAAUGUCCUACAUAGUAGGGUGCCUUAUUGUAUGAAUAAAUUAAAUUAAAUUAAAUUAAA